AGCCGUCGCCACGGGCACGGCCUACUACAAACGCCAAGGCCAAACCGGCACGGCAGCCGCAGGCCUGCAGAGACCGAACCACCAGCACCACCGCGCCCGAGCCCCACCCACCACCGCACCGCAGCCAGCCGAGGGGCAAGGAGGGAGCGGAGCGCCCCGGCCGGUCGUCACGGUCGGAGAUGAGGGGCGGAUCCAGACCGACCCCGGCCGCCCUGUUCCUCCUCGCUGCCGCCGGGAUCUGCGCCCAGUUCGCCACAGUGCUAGCCGGUGAUCCCAAGGAUGAUAAGAAAACUGAAGCUCAGCCGAAGGGUCAUACUGGCAAAACAGUUUUGUUUGUCCUCCUAGGAGUGGGGGCAGUCAUUCUGUUGUCAUUUUUUAUUUUCAAGUACUGGCAGAAGAAGAAAAGGGAGGAGCAACAUGCACGUCUGCUAAAGCUAUUUGAAGAGGACGACGACAUUGAGGUUGAGCUUGGUCUUAGAGAUUGAUAAUCUUCAAUGUACAGCAAGAGUAUCUUGGCUGACAAGGUUUUGCUGGCUGGCUCUCAAAGCAUUUCCAUGUUAAUGUAAAGAAUUUGUUGUAUUUAAACUCGACAGACCUCCACAAGAAUGGUCUACUGUACUUUAGUUUUAUAUAUGGUGAACAUCUCUGCGUGCUGGAUGCAUGAGAAUAGCUUUGAUGAGGAAAUAUCAAGGUUUGGAGAACAUUCUUUGAUUUUAAAGUUUUCUGAAUAUACAUAUGCCUCUACUAAAGCAACUCCCAGACUUUGGUAAUCCUUUUGUGCAGUAGUUCCAUGUGUAUUCCGUAGAUGCAUAUUAUAGGUUUACAAGGCUUCAAUUGGAAUUAGUUUGUGUUUGCGGACCUGCUCUUAUGUUCAGUAGAUGUGCUACUUUCUGAGGGUUCCAUAUUAUAAUUCCUGAUGCAAUA